UUUCACUUCAAAUCGAAUCAAAAUUUUUUAUUAGUAUGAGUAGCAGUAGCAGAUAAGGCCAAACUUAAAGUGGAAGCAUCAAAGGAGUUUUUAUUCCCAAUCAUAAAAUUUGCAACUUAUUUUUGGAGCUUUUGUUUACUCGUUUCAAAAAAGAAACCGCAACUUUAUAAUAACAACAAUUGGUGGCGAUAAAGAAAACUCAAUACAAAUAAAGAUCAAGUCGUAAAGUAUAAUCGCAAAUCAUUUUUAUACCUCAAAUACCUAAAGCUAAGGGAAAAUUGUAUAUUGUACUUACAUAAGUGUUCAGAUUUAAGUUAGGAUCUACGACGGUGUAUUAGUUCAUUGUUGUGCUUAGAAAAUCGUAAAAGAGUAAGAAAUUGUAUAGCUGAAACUAAGUAGCUCCAAGCAUCUGUACAGCCAACAGGAACCCCAUAAAAGUGCGGCUAAACUCGCACAUCCUUUCCAAAAACCACCCCAUCAAGGCGAUUACGAAAAGUAACUCUUCAAUUGCAAGUAAGCCUGCAAACAACUCUCGCAUUCGGCAACCCGCAACCCCUAAGUUACCACAAACACCGCCACCACGUUUACCACAGACACGAUAGAUUCCUUCAAUAUGACGAUGAGUACAAAUAAUUGCGAAAGUAUGGCGUCAUACUUUUCCAACUCCUAUAUGGGGCCCGAAAUGCACCAUGGCCACUAUCCGGGUAAUGGUGUUACCGAUCUCGAUGCACAACAAAUGCAUCACUACAGUCAGCAUCCAAAUAACCAGGGCAAUAUGCCCUACCCGCGUUUCCCGCCCUACGAUCGCAUGCCCUACUACAAUGGUCAGAGUAUGGAACACCAAGGAUACUCUCGGCCCGAAAGUCCCUCCAGUCAGGUGGGCAUGCCUCAACAGCCCCAAGUGAAUGGCAGCCCGCUGCUUCAGCAACAGCAACCACAGCAACAAGUGGCGCAGCAGCAGGUGACGCAACAGCCACAGGCGGCGCCUCAGCAUCAACAGCAAUCGCAAGUGACGCAACAGGUGACACACCCAGCCCAACAACAACAGCCCGUCGUGUAUGCCAGCUGUAAGUUGCAAGCAGCAGUGGGCGGACUGGGCAUGGUGCACGAGGGCGGCUCACCGCCCCUGGUGGAUCAAAUAGGUGCGCAUCAUAUGAACGCGCAGAUGACACUGCCACAUCACAUGGGACACCCACAGGCACAGUUGGGUUACAAUGAUGUUGGAGUUCCAGAUGUAAAUGAGGUUCACCAGAAUCAUCAUCAAAUGAGUCUGUACGGCCAACAACAAACAGGCGUUCCGCCUGUUGGCGGUCCACCACAAACAAUGAUGCACCCAGCGCAAGGACCACCACAGAUGCAUCAAGGUCAUCCCGGACAGCAUACACCACCAUCGCAAAAUCCAAAUUCGCAGUCAUCAGGGAUGCCUUCGCCCUUGUAUCCCUGGAUGCGCAGUCAAUUUGAACGCAAGCGGGGCCGCCAAACAUAUACCCGUUACCAAACUUUGGAGCUGGAGAAAGAGUUUCAUUUCAAUCGAUAUCUGACAAGACGACGGCGCAUCGAGAUCGCACAUGCGCUGUGCCUCACGGAGCGCCAGAUAAAGAUCUGGUUCCAGAACCGACGAAUGAAGUGGAAAAAGGAGAAUAAAACGAAGGGAGAACCUGGCUCCGGCGGCGAGGGUGAUGAGAUCACACCGCCCAACAGUCCGCAAUAAGACGCUGAUGAAAAAGAUGCUGACGAGUCACGCUUCAUCCGGUUCCAAAAAGGGACAUGAAAGUAUGUUAACAACGCAGUCGUCAUUAAGCGAAAGGACAUCCAGAAAAAUUGUCUUUUUUAGAUUUUUGAAUGCAUGCACUAGUACGAAUAUGACAUUUUUCAGAAAGUGCUGAAGUUCACUUUUUAGCGAAACUAUGAAGAACUUAUCCCGUGCUGCAGUUGGGGUGUAACGUUAGUUACUUAUUUUGUUGGACACAUACAUAUGCAUAUGCAUAUGUACGUACGUCGUAUAUAUAUUAAUUCUAUACAUUAUACGUUAAAAAUUAUAAAUUGGUCUUGAUUAAAGCUUAUGCAAUAUUAAACUAAUUCUGUUUAUUUUCUGCAGACUUGUAUAACUUUCUUAGUUAAAUCUUUAAAGGAAAUAUUAUUAUUUUAUUUGAUUGGGAUCAGUAAUAAUUCGUAAUUGACACGAAAUUUUAUUUUAAUACCAGUACUAAGCAGGCAGGCGGGAAAGGUGGAAGCGUUAUUGGUUGGAGCAAUAGUUACAUAAACUAAAUAAAUUAAACUGUAAAUGAGUAAAUAAAUUAAAGUAAAGUAAAGUAACUAAAUGAAUAAACUCAACAAAACCAACUCAUGUGACCUCAAAUUUGAAUAAGUUAUUGAAAAUAAACUAAAUAAUAUACAAAUACGUACGCAA